AUGCCACGCAAGAAGAACAAGAGCAAGUCGCCUAAUCCUCUGAGAGCAAACGCGCGCUCAGACUCUGUCGACUCGGCAAGGAGCCCGAACGGCCACGCGACCGGCAUGGAUAACAUUCUCGAGCACAGGCGCAAGCACGCCGCCAUUGACAGCCCUUCAACCGCCUCUCAGGCAUCCCACCUUAUGAGCAGGAACAGCUUCACCUUGGAUGACGACCCUGCGCAGAGCAUAACGCAUGAUGAUGAAGGGGCUUCCAAGGGUUUCAGUGAGCUUCCCAAGCAGGACCAGCGCAACUUUCUGCUGCUGGGCGUGCCCAUGGGCUUGGCGUCUGGCUCGGUGCCUUUCCUCUUGAAGGCGCAUCUGUCAUACAGCCAAAUUGGCGUCUUCUCGCUGGCCUCCUACCCGUACUCUCUCAAGCUUCUGUGGAGCCCUAUCGUAGAUGCAAUCUGGACCCCGAAUGUCGGCAGGAGAAAGAGUUGGAUUCUCCCAAUCCAGACUUUGUCUGGCAUUGGUAUGCUAUGGCUUGGUAGCAGAGCAGAGCAGAUGAUGCUCGAUGCUGGCGCAGACAAUGGCGCGGGGAUCUGGGGAUUCACCGGCUGGUGGUUUUUCCUUGUCUUCAUGUGCGCUACGCAGGACAUUGCGGUUGACGGCUGGGCGCUGACGCUCCUCUCAACUGAGAACUUGUCCUACGCUUCUACCGCGCAGACGGUUGGCUUGACCGCUGGCCAGUUCCUGUCGUACACUGUCUUCCUCGCCUUCAACGCUCCGGAUUUCGCGAACAAGUGGUUCCGCGCGAUACCCAAGGAUGAAGGUGUCAUGACUCUGGGUGGCUACUUGACCUUCUGGGGCUGGGCAUACCUUCUCGUCACUCUCGGUCUGGCGCUGCUCAAGCGCGAAGAGCGGACUAAGAACACCGACGGUAUCCAAGAGGUUUACAGAGUCAUGGGCGGCAUUCUGAAACUCAAGAACAUUCAGACCUUCAUAAUCAUUCAUUUGAUCGCCAAGAUUGGCUUUCAAGCGAACGAUGCUGUCACCAACCUCAAACUCCUUGACAAGGGUUUCAGCCAGGAGGACAUGGCUCUGACGGUCCUGAUUGAUUUCCCCUUCGAGCUCUCUCUUGGGUACUACGCCGGCAAGUGGUCACAAACAUAUCCACCCAUGCAGCUCUGGUGCUGGGCGUUUGUAGGUAGACUGGCUGCCGCCGCUUUUGCGCAGUUCGUCGUCAUGAUCUUCCCUGCAGGUGGUGUCACGACCUGGUACUUGCUUACGGUGAUUGUGGAGCACGUGUUCUCGACCUUCAUGAGCACCGUGAUGUUCGUAGCGGUGUCGGCUUUCCACGCUAAGAUCGCGGAUCCGGUCAUCGGUGGGACGUACAUGACCCUUCUCGCCACGGUCUCCAACCUGGGUGGUACUUUCCCACGCUACUUCAUCCUUAAGUUUGUGGAUAUGUUCACUUCGGCGACCUGUGUCCCGCCGACCAUUCCACCUGUGGACCUCAAGGGUGCGCUGGUGACGGAGCCGUUCUCGUGCGCAUUGGAGGCUGAGAAGCAUCGUUGUAUUGAAGGUGGUGGUGCUUGCAACAUCCAGACCGAUGGCUACUACAUCGUCAACGUGCUCUGCAUCAUCAUCGGUGUGCUCACUUUCUGGGGCUACAUCAAGCCGGCUGCUUUGAAGUUGCAGGCACUUCCGCUGAGGGCGUGGCGUCUUUCUGGCGCUAGCUGAACGGUGCAGUGCGCCAUGGCUGAAUAGACUUAGCUCGCCUGCACUGGUUUUUUUCUAGAUGUCAAAUAGAAAAAUCCGAUCUGAUAACGUGGUAGCACUUGAAAGAGCCCCGGGAAAGUUUUCCUGUUCGGCGACAUCACCCU